GAUAUCAGACCGAUUUAUCCAUAUCUCUUGUCUUCUAUCUCGUUUCAGGAGCCAUAUUGGGGUCUUUAUGGAGAGACUAUUUCUUUGUUAGCAGUGACACGCUCGUCUCAAUUACCGCUCGACCCCUUUGCCAAGAAUGAACGCGUCCGCACAAGAUAUAUCUAAUUUCUUGCGUUCAAAACGUUGUGAGGGAACACAAUGGAGAGUUGCAUAGAAUUAAGAACAUUCUUAUUUUUCUGACAGGGGGUCUCAGGGGUCCCCUUUUACCACCGAAAGGGUGCAACGAGCGUCCCGUCGCCGUGGUAUUUGCAUUUGAUGCACUUGACGCAUUGAGUUUACAAGUGGAUCAAGACUAGAUUGAACUCGAUCUUCUGUUUAUCUAUCAAACAAAAUGCCUGCUAAAGUAAAGAAGAAGAGAGCCAAGUCGAAAUCACCAGGGUCAGCUGAGGAAAAGAACAGACCAAGACCAGACCCAAUUCCACCACAAGAUUUUGGGCCAGAAGAACCAAAACCAUCACACCGAGAAAGUCUUCAAAAGGUACUUACCGGAGACCGAGUCGAUCUUCAAACCAAGGAGUUUAUGGGAUGUAGAAUAGCAACCAAGGUUUUUGAACAGCUUACCACUCAUGAGAUACGCGAUCUCAAAACAGUCUUUGAUGCUUUCGCUGAUAAAAGGGGGAUGAUACGAGCUGACCAUAUAAGGAGAGCCAUGAGAUCUCUUGGUUUCAAAGUCUCAAAAACGGAAGCAGUUGCCAUGGUAGCAGAUAUAGACCUUGACAGAUCGGGAACAAUUGACUUCAAUGAAUUUUUGCUGUUCAUCAUUGAUAAGCAAGGCACAGCAAGAGAUGUACAGGCUGAAAUAUCACAAGGAUUCAAAAUGAUGGACUAUGAUAACACUGGCAAGCUAACAUUAGACAACCUGAAGCGAGCGGCCAAGGAAUCUGGUGUGAAGUUUACAGAGGCUGAUCUGAGAGAGAUGGUUGAGGAGGCUGAUAGGAAUGGAGACAACAUGGUAGACCUUCAAGAAUUCUCCACCAUUAUGCUUAAAACAAAUCUAUUUUGAAUAAUAUUAAUAAACAGUUCUAUGUAUAGCACAUCACAUUAUGAACAUCUCUGCGCUUCCAAAGGACUUGGAUAUUAUUUAGCCUGGCAGCAUUGCAGUGCACAAGGAAUUAAUUUGAGGAAUUACUCCCUGCCAGGUACCUAUUUUCCUCACCCGGGUUGAGUGCUGCACAAUGUAGAUCAAUUUUUUGCUGAAGGAAAUUUAGCACACCUUGGAUUUGAACUCACAACCUUCUGUUUCAAAGUCCAGAGAGGAAUCCACUGGGCCACAACCCUCCAGUCAAGAAAUCUGUCCCAAUUUGGAAAGGAUGUAUUUCUUUGGAGUAACAUGAAUACGAUGCUAAUAACAAUUAGUCAAGUCUGCCCUUUGGCAUACAUGUCCCUCCCCCUUCUAAAAAAUGGCUGAAUUAUAGUCUCCUGGGAUAUAAGUAUCACAAUGUGCCAGGGGAAGGGGGGUGGGGAAUGAAAUCUACAAAGCUGACUCGCUGACUGUCAAUAGACAAUUUCAUACCGUUGCAAUACCGGUACAAGAAGAACAAUGCAUACUACUGGAAAACCCAUUGAAUACAAAUGGCAAAAAUUUCACUAAAUUUAAUUUUACUAUUUUGUUAUGAUUUGUUAUGUCACUGAGUUGGCCUCGAUGCGUCUUUCUCUUUAAAGUUUUUUUUUCUGUCCUCACAAUAUCAAUGAAACUUGUCUUCAGAAGCUGAGAACCUUGUAGUGAAGAGACUAGCCCUACUUUCCCUUAUUCUAUUGGGAAUACUGUUUCCCAAAGUGUUUUUAAAAAAGUGCAAAAUAACUUUUAUCCCUUAAUCAGCUUCCAAACUUCUUUUAAUAGUAUUCCUCAGAUGAUUGCAGUUAAUUUGAUGAAAUGAAUUAAAAUGCAGUGGGUUUAUUGAAUUAAAAAACAGAUUUCAGGAAGUUAUUGAUACUACAAGUAAAUUUGAAUACAAGUAAGUUGUCCUUCCAGAAAUGAAAUAUUUGAAUAUAUUGAAGCAAAUUACUCAACCAGAUAGGUGCAAGAGGUGUUUGGUUGUGAUUACUGUGAUACAAAAUAUAAUAUCAUGAUUAAAAAGUAAUAUUUAAUUCAACUUUGGAAAUGAUUAACAUUUUUCCUGUAUGGUAUUACAAUAGACCUAGUUCCUGUGGGAAAUAGUCUUUAAAUUCAAGGUCGAUUUUCGACUAGGAAUGUGGAUCUAAUUCUAAUAAGUUCUGACGUACAUUUUACAUGACAAGAUCUAAUUUUGUGAAUUGUGCAAUCUAGGCUGAAAUAGUAAUGAAAAUCUCCAACACAUAUCAUUUGUAGGAACAUGUAUAAUAAUUGAUCAGAAAUAGAUUCAUCUAGCAGCAGAAUGGUAUGCUUAUUUUGUCCAUUGAGGUCUUCCAACAAUUAUUUAUUUUCUACUAGAAUCAGUCUGCAUAAGAUGGUAAUAUAUUCAGUACUACCUGGGGCCUGUCUUACAAAGAGUUGUGAUUGAUCUGAUCAAUCAUAACUCUAUGGAAAUCCAUCAAUGCAUGAAUAUACAUCAAAGCUAGAAAAUAUUUCGAACAAACAUGCAUUUAAUAGAUGCUGACGUUGCUGGCCAUCCGUAGUUGCGAUUGAUUGGAUCAAUCGUAACUCUUUGUCAGACGGGGCCCUGGUCAUUUGGUUGAACUAUAUAACAUUUUAUGAUCGUUUCAACUGUUGACAUUCAAGUGUACCUGUACUUUGCUCCCCAUGUCAUGUCAUUUGCAAACCCUCAAAGGGCCUAGUCUUCCACAUACGAUGUACAUGAUACAUUGUACAAUAAAUUUUUGUUAUGAAUCCAUCUGAAAAAUUUGUAAUAUGUAUGUAAAUUGUAAAUAGAGAGCUGUAUCAUGGUCUGUAAUAAAGAUAUUUUGUAAAACAA